AUGAAAAUGCCCACAUUAUCUAUUAAGGUAGAAAUAGUUACAAAAUUUUAAGAGAAUCUUGAAUCCCCACUCAUUUUCUUCUAAGAAUCAUAAAUGUCCAUUUUUUUAUAAGAGAGCAUAGUAGAGUACCCAUAAAUCUCUGCUUAAAAAGACUAUGAUGAAAUCAAUCUUUAGUAAAACAAUUGUUAUUGCAAUAAUGAUUAUCCAAUCUUAGGGUUGAAAAAGCCAAGAAAAAAGAGAAAGAAAUAAUCUGAUGUUGUUAAGAAGAGGAAGAGAAGAUAGUCAAAGAAUUAGAUAGAGAAAGUUUAAUAAUCCAUCCCAUUCUCCCCAUAAGAGGACUAAUCAAUAUUACUCUAUGUCCUUCAUUUUGGGCCUAAGUUUAUGAAAAUAGCUAAAUUUUUCCCAACAAAAACUAUCAAUAUGGUUAAAAAUAGAUAUUAUAAAAUGCUACGAUAUAAAUGGGAUUCCGUUUUAGGAGAAUCAUAUGCUUAUCUUAAUGAAGACACAGGGUCCAAAAUUGAAAAUGUUAACCAAAUAAAUUAUAGAGAUGAAACUUAGAUUUUCAGAAAUCAAAAAAUCAAUGUCUAAAUCUGA